AUAACAAUUUUAUAACCUAAAAAUCAGGAUCCAGCUAAUCAGGAACUUGAAAUUUUAUAAAUAUAAACAGUAACUUAGUUUUACAAGUUUAUAUUAAUUAAAUUUAACUUAUCAAGUCUGUCAUAUUAUACUCUACCUGUAACAGCAUCAGAUAAUUAACUAGUGGUCAUUUUAUGAGUUUGACAUUUGGCCUGGUUUUGUAAUUCCAGAAAUAAUUGUUUCCACUGAAUUAUUUGUGGUUAAAUCGCUGAAACCCAUGACUAUUCGGCUGAAAUAAUUCUACAAAUGUUGCUUGGUUAACUGUCGUGCCUAUUUCAGCUAUGUGCAGCACCAGUAACCCUGACAAUCCGAACCAGUCUGCAGUGAUAUGUGAAGGGCAGCCAAUAUCAUCCGGGGCCACGAUUUGAUCUGAUAACUGAGGUGCAGAUGAUGUCCGCUGUCAGCGGGGAGCCCAUGCUGCGCCGAGUGAAGCAAGAAGCGGAGCCGCCACCACAGUACUCGUCGCCGGAGCCGCAGCCGCCGCAGCCGCUGCAUCAGCGGCCGAUACCGAUGAUGCAGCCGUCAGAGCUGGAACUCGAACCCAAAGAAGAAGUGAAGUUCUGCGUGUCCCCCGGCGAGUCAUCGGUCGUCGGUAACACAAGCCCAGAACAGCAGCACUGUUCGUCGACCACAGUGGCAGCGGCCAGCGGCGCGCGCGAUGACGAUGCGCCGAGACGGCUAUGCCUUGUGUGCGGAGAUGUGGCUUCGGGGUUCCACUAUGGUGUGGCCAGCUGCGAGGCGUGUAAGGCGUUCUUCAAGAGAACUAUUCAGCAGGGCAACAUCGAAUACACGUGCCCGGCGGCCAACGAGUGCGAGAUCAACAAGCGGCGGCGGAAGGCCUGCCAGGCCUGCCGCUUCCGCAAGUGUCUGCGAACGGGCAUGCUGCGUGAAGGAGUGCGUUUGGACCGCGUGCGCGGAGGCCGACAGAAGUAUAGGCGAGCGCCCGAUGCGCCCGCGCCGCCGCGACCACACCUCGACGACAUCAAGGUGCUAGAAGCCCUCACAUCAUACGAGCCGGAGUUAUUAACCUGCGCGGCGCCGCCGGCCGGCGUCAGCGACCCUACGGCGCGUACUCUGGCUUUAUUGGCUGACUUAUACGACCGCGAGCUGGUCGGCGUCAUCGGCUGGGCCAAGCAGAUACCAGGGUUCACUGACCUGCAGUUAAACGAUCAGAUGCGGCUACUUCAAAGCACGUGGGCAGAGAUGUUAAGCCUGAUGCUAGCUUACCGCUCCAUGGCGGGCUCGGGCGCGCUGCGCCUGCGCUACGCCACCGACCUGGCUCUCGACGAGAAGCGCGCCACAGAACUCGGCGCGCACGACAUUUACACACAGGUGGCAGGCGUGGCCAAGCGCCUCGAGAGCGCGGCAGCCAUGCGUGAGGAGUGCUACCUGCUCAAAGCUCUGGUGCUGGCCAACUCGGAGGCGCGCAUCGACGAGCACGCGGCGCUGCGCCGCUUCCGCGACUCCAUCCUGGCCGCGCUCAACGACGCCGUCGCCGUGCUCAGGCCGUACAACGCAAACGCAGCGCUGCAGCAGUUGCUCCUAGUGCUGCCAGCGCUGCGGCACGCCGACGUGGCCGUGCGGCGCUUCUGGGCCGGCCUGCACCGCGAGCGCCGCGUGCCCAUGAACAAACUCUUCGUCGAGAUGCUCGAGGCCUGUCUGCGGUAGGCUGCACGAGACACGCUGGCGGAGCUAGUCCAUACUCUAGGUCGUCGCUGGUUUGACCAGAAACACC